CCAAGCAAGGGGUUAUUCCAUAAGAAAAUAUGUUCGAUAGACCAUUUAGUUUUUUUUUAUGUUUUUCGCAUGCUCAUCGUUUCUCCUGGUAUUUAAUCACAACUUAUUAAUGACAAGAGAAAAUCAGGUUGUAGCGAUGGCUAAUAUACCGAAUUUGCGCGCGUGUGUGUGUGUUUCCCGGGUAAACGUACUAAAUUUGUGUUGAAUCAUGAACCAUCUGUUCACUUUAUUUGUGAGAAAGAUUGAACUUCAACGACCACCAUGGCACAUUUCUUCAUGAAUAAGAAAGUUUGAUCAUUUACUAAUUAUCUGUAAUUUUCCAUGAAGGCAGAAACUUUUUGCCUUAAUUGUUCAAUGUGGGCCUGUUUAUGCACGCACGAUUCUGCAUCUCCAAUGAUUUGAAAACAAUGAAGUAAUAGCAUGUUUUCAUCUUGAAUUUGGACAAAUGUCCUAUGUAAUUUGCUCUUUUUCCUUGGGUUGGAAUCCCAUAUCUAGAUAGUUACAAUCCACUUUCAUUGAUACAUCAUGCUGUCAAGUUGCAUAUUCAAUGGACAAGAGCCAUGAAAUCGGUGCGCAAGAUCAAAUACCAGUGCACUUGCCUGGCAAUGGUAGUGGCGAAGACCCUUGCAUCUGGUCAUCAUCUCCUGAACCUGAACAGAAAAUUGAGAUAGGCAAGCAGAUCUUUUGCAAUCGGUCACUGAAUAUGAAGAACAUUGUUGCUGUGGGAUUUGAUAUGGAUUAUACUCUUGCACAAUAUAAGCCUGAAACUUUUGAGACUCUUGCUUAUCAAGGCACUGUUAAAAAGCUGGUUUCUGAUUUGGGAUACCCUAAAGAGUUGCUAAAGUGGUCAUUUGACUGGAAGUACAUGGUCAGGGGCUUGGUCCUCGACAAAAAUAGAGGCAACAUCUUGAAGAUGGAUCGCCACAAGUAUGUGAAAGUAGCUUAUCAUGGAUUUAAGGAAUUGUCGAAAGAAGAUAAAGUUGGGACCUAUGGAAAUACCUUAGUACGCAAUUCUUUUGAUGAGCCAGACUAUGCUCUCAUUGAUACGCUCUUUUCACUGGCUGAAGCCUAUUUGUUUGCCCAGCUGGUUGAUUUUAAGGACAGUCAUCCUGGAGAAAUUCUAGGGCAUGUUGAUUAUGCUCGCAUGUAUAAAGAUGUUCGGGCUGCUGUGGACAUGUGUCACAGGGACGGGACAUUGAAGCAAAUGGUAGCAAAAGAUCCUAAAAGAUAUAUCAAUGAAGACCCUUCAAUCGUGCCCAUUCUUCAAAUGCUCAGAGCUUCUGGACGAGCUGUAUUUUUGGUGACAAAUAGUUUAUGGGACUACACAAAUAUUGUCAUGAAUUUUCUCUGUGGAUCCCCUGUGGUAGAUGGCAGAACCAAUUUUGGUUGGCUUCGAUACUUUGAUGUUGUCAUCACGGGCAGUGCAAAGCCAAGCUUUUUCGAUGAGGAAAAUCGUGCCAACCUAUUUGAGGUUGAGCCUGAAACUGGAAUGUUAAUUAAUACGGAUAAUGGCUCUCCUAUGCCUCAGGUGGGUGAUAUCGCAGCAAGGUUAUUGCCGGAAGACAAGGGUGCUCAUAAGGUUUUCCAGGGAGGCAGUGUUGGUCAUUUGCAUAAAUUACUUUCAGUGGCCUCAAGCCCACAGGUUCUGUAUGUUGGGGAUCACAUUUAUGGAGAUAUAUUACGCAGCAAAAAAGUUCUUGGAUGGAGAACAAUGCUUGUUGUCCCAGAACUUGAGAAGGAAGUCAAACUCCUCUGGGAAUCAAGAAAUACACGCAAGGAACUUCAAUUCUUGAGGAGUGAGCGUGAUCGCAUUGAGGAUGAAAUACAUCAUUUGAAGUGGGCUCUCAAAUCCAAGAAUCCAAAUGACAACGCAUAUCCAAAAAUACCUUCUGAACUUGAUAAAUUUGAGCUUGAAGGAGAGAAAGUGCGCUCAAAUCAUCAAGAAACUCAGAGGAAAUUACACCAGAGGUUCCAUGAGGUAUGGGGGCAGCUUAUGAAAACCGGUUAUCAGAACUCUCGUUUUGCUCAUCAGGUAAAGGUUGAGAGAUUUGCCUGUCUUUAUACGAGCCAUGUUUCAAACUUGGGAUUGUACUCUCCAGACAAGUACUACAGAACCAGUGAGGACUUUAUGCCGCAUGAAUUUAACAUUGUAGCUUACGAGCCUCGGGACAUGGAGGCUUAGGAAGCUGAAGCCUUCUCCCCUCCCCUUGCUUGUAAACAUAUAGCUGGGGUUUGAAAAUCUGCUAGAGCUUGUAAAAGCUGGCUUGGUUA